GGAAAUGGAUACAUUAGCUUGACGCUGGUUACGUGUCCGAGCUGUCAGCCACGUCACCUCCUCCGAAACAACUUUCUUCUCAGUUCACCGCAGACACAGCUGAGUUUAUGAGCGGACUCAGUAGAAAUAUGAUCUAGUUUAUUUACAUGCUUUUAGAUAACGUGCCGACGAGCAGUCGGACGGACUCGGAGUUCACCGUGCAGCCGUUAGCUUCUGUUUAUCUCGGCUUGUCGUUGUUUUACACUCGCUGAGCGCGUUUGCAUUUUUUUUUGUGGCUUAACAACUCGGCACUGUGUCUGGAGGACGUGUAAGGCCUUUACGGAGUUGUAUUAACGUUUUCUUAUCAAAGAACACCAACAACAUGAAUGUGUUUCGUCUGGCGGGUGACGUGUCACAUCUGGUGGCUAUCAUUAUCCUGUUACUGAAGAUAUGGAGGUCCAAAUCCUGCGCUGGAAUCUCAGGGAAGUCUCAGGUGCUGUUUGCACUUGUCUUCACCACCAGGUAUCUUGACUUGUUCACAUCCUACAUCUCUGCUUACAACACGGUCAUGAAGGUGGUGUUCCUGGCUAUGUCCUAUGCUACUGUGUACCUGAUCUACAUGCGCUUCAGGAACACGAACAACUCUGAGAACGACACGUUCCGCGUGGAGUUCCUGUUGGUGCCAGUCAUUGGGCUGUCCUUCCUAGAAAACUAUGCUUUCACCCCAAUGGAGAUCAUGUGGACCUUCUCCAUUUUCCUGGAGGCCGUGGCCAUAAUGCCGCAGCUCUUCAUGAUCACCAAGACCGGCGAGGCGGAGUCCAUCACCACCCACUACCUGUUCUUCCUCGGCCUCUACCGAGCCCUCUACAUAGCCAACUGGGUGUGGCGUUACCACACCGAGGGCUUCUUCGACCAGAUCGCUGUGGUGUCCGGCGUCGUGCAGACCAUUUUCUACUGCGAUUUCUUCUACCUUUACGUCACAAGAGUGCUUCGAGGAAGAGGAAAGAUGAGCCUGCCGAUGCCCAUUUAAAACCGACGUCUGUGCCGCUCAGCCACCCAUCUGUGCCUGCUCCAGCUCAGCAUCUGAACACAGACCCUGCCGUUCAACUGUACAAUGGGACUAAUGGUCUGACAUCAUUCUGUAGACCCAAAUGUGUGCGUCUCUAGAGAUUGAUUAUCUGUGUGAUUGGUACUUUGAGUGUGAGCCUGUAUGUCUGCAAGUGCGUGUAUGCAUAUGUGUGCGUGUUAUUUUUUUCUUUCUUUCUUUAUAAGAUGCAAAUGUGACACUUGAGAUGUGUCCCCGAUGUGCACGUGGAACUUAAAUUCAGGGAAGUGAUUGACACUAUAGACACUGUGUAGUUGUCUUCGCUUUCCCUUUUAGGGUCCGAGAGAGACGUUGGCUCUGGAGACUGUUACAAUAUUGAAUCCACACAAUUGUAAAUCGGGUAGAUUGUCUGUAGCUUCAGUGUUUCCUGCGUUAAAGCUGUAAGAGUGUCCAAAGUUUCAUGUCAAACCUUUCUACACUUUAUCCAACAUUUUACCAUCUCAGUCUUCUCUGAUCAUUAACAGGAGUGACAUACAGUAUAUUGCAGUACAUCUUCCACAAAGGGUCUUCCUUUUUGUUUGUCAUUUUAACACUCCCUGAGUAGUUUACUAUAUUAUAUGCAAACGACUUUACUUAUUGCUAAGUAUGUUCCUUUUUGUAUUUCCACUUAAUCCUCGUCUUUUAUAUUCCAAUGUAUUUCUUCAUGGGAGAAAAAAAGAGCUAAACAUUUUGUCCUGUCCUAAAUGAAAUGAUGCCAAAGAUAAAAAAAAGAUGACUGCUGCAAUGUUUUAAUCAAACAUGUUUUUGUCUUUCUUUGGUCGUUUCCUUGACUGAACUGUCUUUUUUUUUUUUUUUUUUUUUAAAGGGGGAAAUGGCAGCAGUGUGUUAAAUUUCUGUAAAAGAUUAAACUGUUUUUGUCACAAUAAGUUAAA